AUGCCCCGCUCACGGCAGCCCGCUCGAUUGUCGAGCGAAGUCCCCUCCGAGUCCUCAUCCUCGACGUCACCGGAACGCGCCGCCGACGAUGAUACCGACUUCUUCAUGGCCCAGGCUAAUGACUCGCAAUCUUCCAUUGGCGUCGCGAAUUUCCGUGAUCUUAAUGUACAUAAUACACGAAACGUGGUGCUCCCGCCGAUCGGGCGUCUUCCGCCUGAAAUAUUGAUCGCAAUCUUCGCCAAGCUUAGCUCGCCUGUAGAUAUGCUGAGCUGUAUGCUGGUAUGCAGAGGUUGGGCAGCAAACAGCGUUGGGAUUUUAUGGCACCGACCAUCAUGCAAUAACUGGGACAACUUGAAAAGCGUUGCGGCCUCGGUGGGAAAGCCGGACAGUCUUUUUUUGUAUGCGGAGCUUAUCAAGAGGUUGAACCUUUCUGCUCUGACGGAGGAUGUUAGCGACGGCACAGUCGUUCCGUUUACUCAGUGCAAACGUAUCGAGCGCCUGACGCUUACUAACUGCUCAAAGCUCACGGAUAAGGGAGUCUCCGAUCUGGUGGAAGGAAAUAGACAUCUGCAGGCUCUGGAUGUCUCGGAUUUGCGAUCUCUCACGGACCACACUCUGUACACAGUCUCUAAGAAUUGCCCGCGACUGCAGGGCUUGAAUAUCACCGGAUGUGUCAAGGUUACCGACGACUCGCUGAUAUUCGUAUCAGAAAACUGUCGCCAGAUCAAAAGGUUGAAACUCAACGGCGUUUCAUCAGUCACGGAUAGAUCUAUCAUAUCAUUCGCCGCCAACUGCUCGGCUAUUCUCGAGAUCGAUUUGCAUGACUGCAAGCUCGUCACUAGUCCAUCGGUGACUUCGCUCAUCAAUACACUCCGGAAUCUGCGGGAGCUUCGUUUAGCACACUGUGUUGAGAUUGAUGACUCGGCAUUUUUGAACCUUCCUGAACGCCUUACCUUUGACAGCCUUCGCAUACUUGACUUAACGGCUUGCGAGAAUAUCAAGGAUGACGCGGUGGAACGCAUUGUAAACUCUGCUCCUCGCUUACGGAAUCUCGUACUGGCCAAGUGCAGAUUAAUUACCGAUCGUGCAGUACUGGCCAUUUGCAAACUGGGAAAGAACCUACACUAUGUUCAUCUGGGCCACUGCUCGAAUAUCACAGAUACUGCGGUGAUCCAACUUGUCAAGUCUUGUAAUCGUAUCAGGUACAUUGAUUUGGCGUGCUGUAACCGUUUGACGGAUGCAAGUGUUCAACAACUCGCAACGCUACCGAAAUUAAGAAGAAUCGGUUUGGUCAAGUGCCAGCAUAUCACCGACCAGAGUAUAUCAGCUUUGGCACGGCCCAGAGUGUCCCAUGUGGGCAUCAGUAGCUUGGAGCGGGUGCAUCUGAGUUACUGUCUCAACCUGACAAUGGGGGGAAUCCAUGCAUUGCUCAAUCAUUGCCCACGACUAACCCAUCUCAGUCUUACGGGAGUACAUGCUUUCUUGCGUGAGGAGCUUACCACGUUCUGCCGUGAAGCUCCUCCGGAAUUUACACAACAGCAACGCGAAGUCUUCUGUGUCUUCAGCGGUGACGGAGUGAGUCGACUGCGUGAUUACCUAAAUCGAAGCGCACCUCCCUUCCGCGAAGAGACCGAAGCCACCAUGUAUGAUGAUGAUGAAGAGUUAGACGAAGAAGAGGGCCAAGUGACUGGCCUGAUGCAUGCGACCGCCAUUAACGACGAAGAAUACAUUGAUAUCGGACAUCCUCACGCGACGAGGUCAAAAAUGGCUUCUCUAGUCAAGCCAUCGCGAGCCAACCCGCUGGCUUUUACUCGCUGGCCUGUUACACUUAUCACCACGACCGUGUAUUUUGCACUCGUCAUUCCUUUGCUCGUCAUCCACCAUGUCGUUCCUUCGGCGCCCAAAACCAGCCCCUCUGGUUUGAAUAUCACCGAAGCUUGGGGGGACCUUCAAGCCCUUACUAACGGAUACCAUCCAUAUAAUUCUCACCAAAAUGACAAAGUCCACGAGUGGUUGCUAACGCGGAUCAACGAAAUAAUCGACACAGCUCCUUCGGCGGAAGAGUACCGCUCUGUCGGUGAGGAGAAACCCGAUGUGUUCACAUUUGACGAUACGCAAUCGAACCUUUCGUUCACUGGAAGUAACAAUGUUGGGAUAUAUUUUGAGGGAACAAAUAUUAUCGUCUAUGUUCGGGGCUCGGAAGAUGACCAGACGCGCUGGUGGGAAGAUCCGAACGGAACACCGGCAGGCAAAGGAGGAGUGCUCGUGAACGCACACUAUGACAGCGUGUCGACAGGAUUCGGUGCGACGGACGAUGGGAUUGGAGUCAUUACGUGCCUUCAGCUCAUCAAAUACUUCACUACCCCAGGACAUGUACCCCGACGAGGCCUGGUGGUGCUUUUCAACAAUGGAGAGGAAGAUUAUCUGAACGGGGCGCGCGUAUACAGUCAGCAUCCUAUCUCAAAGCUCCCACAUACGUUUUUGAACCUAGAGGGAACAGGAGCUGGUGGUCGCGCGACUUUGUUUCGUAGCUCCGAUGCCGAGGUCACUCGCCCGUAUAUGGGGUCGAAACAUCCGUUUGGGUCGGUGUUGAGCGCCAAUGGAUUCCAGAUGGGGUUGAUCCGCAGUCAGACAGACUAUGUCGUGUUUGAGGGCGAUAUGGGUCUACGUGGACUGGAUGUUGCGUUUAUCGAGCCCAGAGCUAGGUACCACACGGAUCAGGAUGAUGCUCGACACACCAACAAGGAUUCUCUGUGGCAUAUGCUGUCGGGGGCCGUUGCGACGACUCAUGGUCUGGUUUCUGAUUCUAGCAAUGAGUUUGAUGGGCCUGCUCGAGAUGACGGCAAAGUUCCCAGUGGAUCGGGCAACCAGGCAGUCUGGUUUGAUCUUUUCGGAAGUACAUUUGUCGUCUUCCGUCUGCAUACGCUCUUUGCGCUGUCGGUGACGCUUCUUAUUGUGGCACCACUUACCUUGAUUCUCACUAGUGUUGCACUUACGAGGGCUGACAAGAUGUAUCUGUUUAGAUCAUCGGCCAAAUCAGAGGAUAUCAUUGAUGGAGUUCCGCUGCUAGGCCUGCGAGGUUUCUUCCGGUUUCCUUUUCUCUUUGUCAUCCCGACGGCUGUGACCGUUGGCCUGGCGUACCUUCUGACCAAGAUCAACCCCUUUAUCAUUCACAGCAGCGAGUAUGCAGUUUGGACUAUGAUGGUCGCCGCCUGGACAUUCCUGGCGUGGUUCGUAUCUCGUGUGGCCGACUUUGCUCGGCCAUCGGCUUUUCAUCGAGUCUAUACUCUGACAUGGAUGUUUGUUCUCACAUGGGUGCUUAUGGUUAUCGCCACGACAUAUGAGAACAAAUAUGGAUUGGCAGGUGGUUAUUUCAUCUUCUUUACCUAUGCAGGAGUAUUCUUGGCUACGUGGAUCUCAUAUUUGGAGCUUUUCUCUCUCCCUCGCAAAUCCGAAUACGCGAAUCAGCAUGGCUCUGCUUCGAGGCUUACUAGCAGCCAUGAAAACCGAUUCGGGUCGACUUCUGGUCAUGAGAACGAGGACGACGCGGAUGCCGAGGAGGAGGCAACUGAAACGACAUCCUUGCUACGCAAUGGAAAUCGGACCACGUUUGCGAACUAUGUUCGAGUGGGCGGGUCGACUGCCGAUCUUGCAAACGAGGAAGAGGAGGAAGUUGACCCUAACGUGUAUGCAAACGAGCAGUCGUGGAGCUCAUCGAUGCCCAAAUGGACUUGGCUUUUGCAGUUCAUCCUUAUCUCUCCCAUUGUCAUCAUCAUGGUCGGACCAAUUGCGCUGCUGCUGACCACCGCGCUUCAUCAGACGGGCCAGGAUGGAAGCUCCUCGCUUUUUAUCUACCUUUCCAUCGCCGCCUUCACCACGCUGCUGCUUACUCCCCUUAUUCCGUUCGUCCACCGGUAUACUUAUCACAUACCCGUGUUCUUGCUGUUGAUUUUCACGGGUACACUUAUCUAUAAUCUUGCUGCGUUCCCCUUUUCCGAAACAAGUCGGUUGAAGGUCUUUUUCAUACAGCGGGUCGAUCUCGACACUGGAGUCAACCGUGCUUCUUUGACGGGAGUCACGCCGUUUGUCAGUGACAUCAUCCAGGCCCUCCCCAGUGCCGCUGGCAAGAAUGUCAGCUGCGAACCACUCGCUGAGAGAUUCCAAUGCUCCUGGGAGGGCCUCGAACCACACGUGACUGGUCAGAAAGACGAGGCACACCAAGACUGGCUAUCAUUCAACGUGAACAAAACCCCCGACAAAUCUCAAGCUCGAUUCGAGAUUACCGGUCAAAACACCCGCGCCUGCAAGCUACUGUUUGACACCUCGGUAUCCGAAUUCCAUGUCGCAGGGAGCGCAUACGACCCACGGUUCCCGCACAGCUCCUCCGAUGGAACGCGGGAGAUCCGACUGUGGAGCCGGACGUGGGACCGAACCUGGACCGUGGACGUGGAGUGGGCCGAGGACACAACUCUCGAAGGAAGGGUGGUUUGCCUAUGGAGUGACGAUAAUCAGAUUGGAGCGAUUCCGGCACUGGAUGAAAUUAGACAGUUUAGUCCUGGAUGGGCGGCUAUGACCAAGUUCUCUGAUGGCCUUGUUGAGGCGAGUCGGGCGUUUCAUGUUUGA